CUCGGACACGGUGAUUUGGUGAGUGGAAUGAUUAGCAUUCAAUGAAGCGGGGAGCCGAUCUGUUUAAAGGAUGCAGCGGGCAGCGUGACAUCCCGCCCGCCUGCCUGGCGUAGCGGCGGCGCUGGGAUCUGUCAGCAGAAAACAAGAUGGCAUUUCAAAAGAUUGCUGGAGGAGUAUUUCUUCUUGGGGGUAGCACCCUGACAACAAUUUUAGGUCUCUCCCAGAUAAUAGACAACCGGGCAAAUCUGGCCCGCCUUUCUGAUGUUCAAGCAUCAGAACUGUUGAACAGGGAAUGUCCUGAAAGUGAACUCCCAUCCAGAGAAGCUCAACUAUACACUUUACAGACCACAAAGGAAUUUGAUGUCCUUAUUAUUGGGGGAGGGGCAACAGGAUCUGGCUGUGCUCUGGAUGCCGUUACUAGGGGUCUCAGAACUGCACUGAUAGAGAGAGAGGACUUCUCUUCUGGGACAAGUAGCAAAAGCACUAAACUUAUCCAUGGAGGAGUGCGAUAUCUACAGAAAGCACUCACAAAUUUAGAUUAUGAACAGUAUAAACUGGUGAGAGAAGCACUACGGGAACGUGCCAAUUUGCUUGAAGUUGCUCCGCAUAUUGCAAGACAAUUGCCUAUAAUGCUUCCUCUUUACAAGUGGUGGCACUUGCCUUAUUACUGGGCUGGGAUAAAGAUGUAUGAUUUUGUGGCUGGAAGUCAGUGUUUGACAAGCAGUUACAUCCUUACCAAGUCAAGAGCUCUGGAACUAUUCCCUAUGCUGAAAAAAGAAAAGCUUCUAGGAGCUGUUGUGUACUAUGAUGGACAACACAAUGAUGCACGAAUGAACCUUGUGAUCGCUCUCACUGCUGCCAGGUAUGGUGCUGCCAUAGCCAAUUACGUUGAAGCGGUGAAGCUCCUGAAAAGCACAGAUCCAGACACCGGCAAACAAUAUAUAUGUGGUGCUGAGUGCAAGGAUGUUGAGACAGGGGAAUUAUUUCAAGUGAGGGCCAAAUGUGUUAUCAAUGCUACAGGACCUUUCACAGAUACAUUGCGUGAAAUGGAUGAUAAAGGAGUCGGGAAGAUUUGUCAGGCUAGCGCUGGUGUACAUGUUGUCUUGCCUGGCUAUUAUAGCCCUGAAGCAAUGGGACUGCUGGAUCCAGCAACUAGUGAUGGCCGAGUUAUAUUCUUCUUACCUUGGGAGGGAAUGGUCAUUGCAGGAACCACUGACACACCAACAGAGAUUACGGCUAAACCCAUUCCACACGAGGAAGAGAUUAACUUCAUUCUCAGUGAAAUACGGAAUUAUCUGAGUCCUGAUGUAAAAGUAAGAAGAGGAGAUGUGCUCGCAGCCUGGAGUGGCAUUCGACCACUGGUGUCUGAUCCCAACUCAAAGGACACUCAGUCAAUCUCUCGCAAUCACGUUGUGAUGGUGACUGACAGCAGACUGGUGACUAUUGCAGGCGGUAAAUGGACCACUUACCGUAUAAUGGCAGAGGACGCAAUAAAUGCUGCAAUCAAAUCUUGUAACCUGAAUGCAACAAAACCAUGCAAGACAGUUGGACUUCUACUAGAAGGAGCCCAUGACUGGUCUCCUACUCUUCACAUCAGAUUGGUGCAGUACUAUGGCCUGGGCACUGAGGUCGCACGCCAUCUUGCUUCUACUUAUGGGGGAAAAGCAUUUGAGGUGGCUAAGUUGGCUAAAGUGACUGGAAGGAAGUGGCCUUUGGUUGGUAAACGUUUGGUGGCUGACUUCCCAUAUAUUGAAGCAGAGGUAAGGUAUGCUGUGAAAGAGUACGCAUGCACUGCUGUGGACGUCCUCGCGCGCCGAACACGGCUAUCCUUCCUGAACGUGCAGGCUGCUGAAGACGCUCUUCCCCGCAUUGUGGAAUUAAUGGCUGCAGAAUUGAACUGGAGUGAGAAACGGAUUCAGGAUGAACUAAAGGCUGCCAAGGAGUUUCUGUACUAUGAAAUGGGCUACAAGGUUCGAUCUGAUCAACUAAGCAACACAGAAAUAAACCUGUCACCUGCAGACGUCGAUAGGUAUAAGAAAAGGUUCCAAAAAUUUGAUGAUGACAAGAAAGGUUUUAUCACAAUACUUGAUGUCCAGCGUGUGUUAGAGAGUAUCGGUUAUCAGGUGGAUGAAGCGACUCUGCAUGAAAUGCUAACUGAGGUUGACAUAAACAAGAAUGGACAGGUAGAACUAAUUGAAUUCUUGCAGUUGAUGAGCGCAAUCCAGAAAGGCUCAGUGUCUGGAAGCAGAUUAGCUAUUUUGAUGAAAACAGCUGAAGAGAAUCUGAAUAGAGAAGAUCCAAUUCCUGUGUCCCGCAGUGGAGGGGGUCUGUGAAUCUUGUUCACUAAAUGAACCAUUAGCUAUGUGGGAAAGCAUGAUUUUCAGCAGCUGUUGUCACUGCUGUUGCAAAGCUUGAUGUUGCAGGACUUUUCUUUUGCACCAUUGGGAUUUACUCCUGUUGAACAUACUCGAUGCAUUAACUUCUGUCUCAAAGUCGUUACUUUGACUGUUGUGCUUCAGUAAAUUAUUCAGAUAUCUUUAUAUGCAGUGUAAAUUUUUAUAAUUCAAACAAUUGUAAAAAAAAAAUUGUAUUUUAAUAUGAGAUUAAUUUUUUCUUUUUAUUUGGGAAUAGAGUGUGCCAAUGUGGUUGAUGUCAAGUAACUCAUAAACCUUCAAUUUUUUUAUGGGCAUUUUCUCAGAGUGAUGAGGUCUUUCCGUUAAUUUCAUUUGAAUUUGGAGUUGUGAAGUUGAUAUUUUCUUUUUACUGUCUGUUCAAAUGAUCACGUUACCAAACCAGAUAACUCAGUGGCUUCAAAAUACUUCACAUUGCAAUCAGUCUUUGAAAGAGUGAGGUUUUCUCUCAUCCCAUGAUGAGCUAAUAAUUAUCUGUUUUUUAUAAUCAUUAUCAAUUGUAUUUCUAUCAGACCUGUUCAAUACUUAGCCAUUUAACUAUGUUUACUGGGAGUCAAUGAUUUUUCUUGCUGUAAGAUGUGUACAGUACAUUGGUAAUCUACUAGGGAAGAAAUUGGGUCUUCUAGCAGCCUCCAUCCAGACAGGAAACCAUUUUGCUGUUCAGCACCGUAGUUAUUGGAUCUGGCCAUUGAAACAAACAUUAGACCACUUGAAUAUGUUAAUGAAGACCGCAUAUCUUAAAAAGAGAACUGGAGGCUGCUGGCAAAAUAUUAAGCAACUCUUUAUUUGCAGACUAGGAAACCAGUGAAAUCCUUAACCGACAUGUCGAUACUGCCCUACCCCAACCUCUUUCUCCUCUGCUCCCCCCCCCCCCCAAGAUUGACAUAUCCCACAAUGACCAGUUACUGCUGCAGGAGACUUCAUUGAUGCCAGCAGCUUGGUGAGAGGCCUUAGUGGCAUUUUGGAAUCAAGAUCCAGAAGCAAAAUACUGCAGAUGCUGGAAGUAUGAAAUGGAAACAGAAAAUACUGGCAAAACUCAGCAGGUGAGCAAGCAGCAGUAGCAAGAGAAACCAGGCAACAUUUCAGGUUGAUGAUUUUUGAUCAGAACUAUAUAUAUUUAGGCCAAUCUGUAGGCUGUGCAUUACAGCUAUCUAUUCAGACAAGCUGGUCAAUUGCUUACUCCAUUGACCUGCAAAAAUGUGAAGUAACAUUUUAUUAUUGCAGACUUGAUUACUUCACUGGGUGUUUUUGUAAAGUUGCACACAUCUGCUGAAUAGGCCAUGAGCUGUGAACUACUGCUGCCUAUCAGCUGGCAAAACGCAACAGUAGAGUUCAGAAGUGUGGCAGUGAGGUAGUAAUCAUGGAGUUUCCAUAGCUCUUAUUUUAACACACAAACUGAGGUAGAAGGAUUUCAGGUCUGGGGUAUUUUAUUGCCAACCCUCCAUUCAGUGCCAUUUUAUACAAGGAAGAGGCAUGAAUAAGCCUGACAGCAGUGGGAGUUUAGUUGGCCUUAGCCACAAACUCACAUGCAGGUAGGUGGCAGCUGGAGGGUGUCCGGAGUGACAGAGAAAGUGAUGCUGGAGAUCCAGCUGUACCUGAUAGAGCUGUUCCCUUGCUGGAGAGACUAUUUUUUGGCUUAGACUUCACUUAAGAUGUCACUGGGGUCCAAUUGAUGUCAUAACCAACAUGAGCAGUUGUGUCCAAAUUUAGGGGUAUCCAUUCCACUGUCAUAAUGGCUAUAACAUUGGGGAUCGGCGAGAACAGAGCAGAAAUUUGAAGAGAUGACAUUUUGGCUGUUUAGCCUCAUUUCCCUCUGCCUUGAUGCUGUAACAGAUCUUGCGUUGUACUUUAACACCUAUGCAAAUGAUUGAAUGCAUACAGUGCAUUGUGCAGACCACAAUUUAAAGGCCGAACCCCUUCUGUGUCUUUUUGGGAUUACAGUGAAGAAUGAUAGAUAGUAAGUACCUACAAGCUCUCACUGAAAUAUCCCUUCUCUGUUUUGACUCUGGAGAAUCACUAUGCUAGAGAAACCCUCUUGUUAUCCAAUCAUACUUGUAUUUUCUCCCCCAUCAACCCAAUGAUUUCCAUACUUGCGUCAGUUACCCACACAAUAUCUCUUGUAUAGUGGGUGAAUGCUCCUCUUGAAGAUGGGUCUGAAAGAAACUUGUUGAAAUAAAUGUCGACCUUCCACGUCAAGGGGGAGAAAAAGCUGGUGUGCAUCAGGUGCAGUUGAUUUGUUGAACUAAUGAUGAAAUACAGUGUUCUAUGGGUGGCCUGAUUGGGUUUGCAUGUCUGGCUGAGAGUGUGCCCUGAUAUUAUAUGAUAUUUGGUAAUAACUGGAAAUUGAAGAAAUUGAAAAAUUGUUUAAAAAAAAUUAAGAGUUACCAGAAUUUCUGUAGUCACUGAAGUUGAAAGACCCAUAAUCUACAACAUGAAGUACUUAAUGCUGUGUUGUUUGUUCUCUUGGUGUAGAUGCAUUGUUGUAUGACCAUAGAUGCCAAUAGAAAGCUACACAAUAUGCCUUUCGGACACAACCUUCAUACUGAAUUCCAGCAAGGUUUUCUUGUCAGUUUUUAAAGAAACCUUUAAAGAAAAAUUAAAGCAAAGUUUUCAUGCCUUUUUUGUUUUAAUGAUGUUUGGGAGUUAAGGUGAUGGUUUCUUUCCUUUAAAGUUUUUAUGCCUGUUUCCAUUUAUUUUUGUGACUGGUGCUCAUUUUAAUUUAAUUUGUGAUUGAACUUUUUCAGCCUGUUGAUUCCAUGCUCAUCAAAUUUAUACUGAUCCACAGCAGAUCACAAUUCAUAAUAUCAAAGGAAGAAGGAAUACACCACAAAUGGUGUAAUGUUACCAUGCUUGAGAAAGAAAAUCAAAGCAAUAACAGGCAUUUACAAUGUAAUUUUUUUUACUGUGACCAAAAAUUAAACACACACAUCUUGCUGUGAAAUUUCAGGAAAAUUAUUUUGUACAUUGAAGAUAUUGGAUCUUGUCAAACAUACCAUAAACAUAAGAUUUUUUUUAAUGUCUGUUGACUGCUGAUUCUGCACAAAGUACUGGGCUUAGAUUAUAUUCAGAUUUCUCUAUGCACAAACUAAACAUGUUCUUCAGAACUUCAUGUCACUUAAGAAUUUUCAUGCACUUAUUCAAUAUGCAAAAAGCAUUUAUUACUUAUGUGUAUUAUGUAUAAAAUGUAUGUAGUGCACUGUUCAAAUUGGAAACAAAAAACAGGUGGUAUUUGUUUUUUACUGUGGAAAUCUGGACCAUCUACUUUUUCGUAAUGUCUCAAUACACAUUCAGAAAUGAGAUUAGAAAAUCCUCAAUUCGGUUUACUGGCUAGAGUUAAUCUACCUGAGAUUAAUAUACCUCUUGGCUUUUAGUGUGUUAAAGGAUCAGGUUAGUUAUACUGCUGUUCUGUGUUCAUGCACAUUUAUAACAAUCUCAAUAACAGAACCCUUUACCUAAAAUCAUUGAAUAUAAGACCAAUCUUUAUUUUUAAAUAAUAACUAAGAAAUUUUAAAAAAAUGCAGGUUUCAUAAGAUUCAGUAUCUGUUUUUCAAAAGAGACUUGGUACCAUUUUUUCCCCCCAAAAAAGUGGAUCCUUAAUUAAAAUUCUACUUGACAACAUGUAAAGAGAUAAAUUAAUUUGAAGGCCUUAAUGAUACCAGGUGUUCAAAUUCAUUUGUACUGAGGAUGAACCAGCAAAUUAUGGUAAAGAAUGCUGAAGAUCAAAAUAUUACUCUACAAAUGAUUGUUCUACAAGAUUUUAUGUUCAUUGUUAAUUUUUGUGGGUUUUGCUAGCAAAAUUUUCCUUUUGGUGUAUAAAUGAGUUGCAUGCAAUUUUGAAGUAUUUUCCUAAUGUGCCUUGUUUUUAACUGAGAAAGAUUUUGAGGAUGUGAAUCAACAUGUAAUGUGUGAAACAGUAACUAGUUCUCCGUUUAUUCCCAAAAAUAAAAAAAAAAUCUGUACCACCACAAGGAAUCUGUGUAACAUGGUUUGUUAUUGGGGACUGUAUUUU